AUGAAAUUGCUGUCGUUUAACCGAAACUUUAAUUGCGCGAUUUCAUUAAAGGCUAAGGAGAUUGGCUUCCAGUCGAUUAUUCCUUUCCGCGAUGCUCAGCGAAGCUCACGGAUUGUGAAUGGUUUCCCAGCUGCACCGGGUCAGUUCCCGUAUCAGGUAUUCCUGUCUGGACAAGUUGCAGGUGGUAGCUUGGCCUGCGGUGGUUCCCUGAUCUCCAGUGAAUGGGUAUUAACUGCUGCUCACUGCCAAACUGGGGUCAUCUCUUUCACCGUCCGAGCUGGAACAACCAAUAUUAAUGAAGGCGUUGUGCGCACCUCCAACGCGAUUUUACCCCAUCCUAACUACGAUCCAAGCACUCUCAACAAUGAUAUUGGCUUGAUCCGCCUUAGUGAACCUGUACCCCUCGGAGGCAACAUUCAGGCUGUUGCGCUUCCAGAAGCAAAUUUGGCUGAAACGUUCCUGAAUCGUGUAGCUACUGUAUCUGGAUUCGGUCGUACCAGUGACGCAAGCGGUGCUAUUUCGCAAACACUCAACUUUGUGGAUCUGACUGUCAUUUCCAACAUUGAGUGCAUGGGUACGUAUGGCCCCGCAACCAUUAUCGACUCCACCCUCUGUGCCGUCGGUCGUGAUGCUACGAACCAAGGUACCUGUAAUGGAGACUCCGGUGGUCCACUUACCGUCUCGGAGAACGGACAGUCGCUGCAGAUAGGUGUGGUAUCUUUCGUCGCUGCCGCUGGCUGUGAGGCUGGCUUCCCAUCUGGCUAUGUGCGUACGACUCACUUCCGUGAGUGGAUCCGUCAGAACGCUCUUGUAUAAAAUAUAUAAACUAAAGUUCGCAAUUCUUCUAAUUGAACUUUUCAAGCAACGAAUUCAUCUUUAGUGUCACUGGUAUGAAAGAAUAAUUCCUCAUUUGAUGAACUAUUUGCUAUUAAAAUAGAUAAAAUAUUUGCUAUUAAAAUAGACAGUUUUAUAUGUGGAAAUAGUGCAUCCCAAUCAAUCGCAUCGUCAUAAAGCGUUGUUCGAUACAU